GAAAAACUGCUGCGGGAAUACCACAUAAAUGGGGUUGAUGGGCAGUAUUUCCUUUAAAUUAUUAAUAACGUGUAAAUGAGGUCAAUUGAGGGAACCAUGUCACCUGUUGUGCCUCCUCGGCAAAUCGGCCUUCUUGGCCACGCAAUAACCUCCAGACUGUUGACGAACAAGGAACGCUCGCCAUGGACAACGGACCGAUGGAUGCCACGCCCACUGCCGCCGCCUUCCGGCUGAUUUUGCUUAGCAAAUCGAAUCCCGUGAUGGGUUGCUACAUGUUCUGGACCAGUCUGCUCGUGCUGAAGAUGCUCGUUAUGUCACUACUCACCGCCCGCCAGCGCAUGAAAACCAAGACCUAUGCCAACCCAGAGGAUUUACGCCUGAGUCGGAGCACGGAGGUUCGAUUCGGGGAUCCCAAUGUGGAACGAGUUCGUCGUGCUCAUCGCAACGACCUAGAGAACAUUUUGCCCUUUCUUCUGAUGUCGCUGGCCUAUGUGGCCAGCGGACCGAAUCCCCUGACCGCCCGUCUGCUCAUCCGGAUCGGUGCAAGUGCCCGGCUGAUCCACACGGUGGUCUACGCCAUCAUCCCGGUUCCGCAGCCAGCAAGAGCCCUGGCCUUCUUCACCACCUUCGCCAUCACCUGCUUCGAGGCGGGCUACGUGCUCGUCUGCUGUAUCAAGUACAUUUAGACUAAUGCUGACCCCACUUUGCCAACUAACUACUCACCCACUCGCAUUCAUAGCACCAGUGAUGUCAAGGUACAGGUUUUGGGUGCUCAUUUUCAGUGAAACGUAUGGUUAAUUUAGCAGCUUUUGUCCUAUAAGUAGGAAGUAUAAGUCACCUAUAAUUGCUAUAAUUGGUUGGU